GCCGCCGUCUUUUCCUCCUCCCCCUUACCGCCGGGGGAGGGGUCGGAAGAGAGGCGCGCCUGCCCGCUGUCCCAGCGCCUCGCCUGCAACUUUCUCGUCUGCUGCUUGGCUGCAGUCACGCCGCUCUUCUUCCUUGAACUUCUACAGCGCCCAACUUCUCGCAGUCGCCGCCGCAGCCAGAGCCAUGCAUCCUCGUCCGCCGGCUGGGCGCUGGGCGUUGACGGAGGAGGACCCAGCCGGCCAAAGAGAGAGCCGGUAAACGCUUGGAGGGGAGAAUUCCUCCUGCAACCACCAGGGCCUGCAAUGGAAAACAGAAGGAGGAGUCUUGUCGCGACCGUUGCACUGUGCCUGACGUACUUUUUGGCUUGUGAGGGGAAUUCCGAAAAAGGCAAUGCUUCCCUGUUGCACUUUACUUAUCCCCUUUAUAACACGACCAUCUAUGAGAAUUCUGCUCCCAAAACCUACGUGGAGAGCUACAUCAAAAUGGGCAUUUACAUCACUGACCCGGCAUGGGGCAUCAAAUACAGGAUCACUUCUGGGGACACUAGUGGCCUGUUUAAAGCUGAGGAGCACAUUGUGGGAGAUUUCUGCUUUUUGAGGAUUAGAACUAAAAGUGGUAAUACUGACCGGCUGAACAGGGAGUUCAAGGACAAGUAUGUCUUAAUAAUCCAAGCCUUGGAGAAAACAUUUGCAUAUGAGUCUUGGGCCAAAGUACUGAUCCAUAUCCUUGACAGGAAUGACUUGAAGCCUCUGUUCUCACCCCCCUCUUAUCAAGUGACCAUCCAAGAAGAUACACCCCCCAAAACCCCAAUUGGUGCCAUCAGUGCCACAGAUGCUGAUGUUGGCCAGAAUGCAGAGUUCUAUUAUGCAUUAAAUACAAGGUCACUGUUAUUUUGCAUUCACCCCAUCAGUGGCAUAAUUAUGACUGCUGUGGGACUGAACUCCACCCACAGGGGGAAGCACCAGUUAAAGGUCCUUGCUGUUGAGAGAAUGAGGAAGAUCUCGGAAGGAAGUGGCUUUGGAAACGUGGCCAGUCUUACAAUCCAGGUGGACCCAUCUGUCAGGAAACCCCCCAUUAUCACAUUGGUGAGGGUGAGGCCAUCUGAUUCUCCUGAGGACCUCCUCUAUGCUACUUUGAGUGUGGAAAUAGGUGGGUCAGGAGCUGGAGUAGAUUCAGUUGACAUUGUGGAUGGAGACCCAAGAAGGCACUUCAAAUCCAUUAGAUCAUAUGUGGGAGGUAAUGAGUUCAUGAUUGUAUCAGCCAAAGAGAUAGACUGGGACAAUAACCAACAUGGUUUCAAUCUCAGCCUGCAGGCUAAGGACAAAAGCAAGCCACCUCUUCUUUCUCAGAUUGCCAUUGUUCAAAUAUCACCUUCAAAACACACCUUGGCCAGAUUUGAAAAAGAAUUGUAUCAAGUGCAGCUCAGUGAAUUUGCACCACCUGGAAGUCAUGUUGCAAUGGUUCAAAUUAGUCGAGUUCUCCCAAAUCUAAAAUACAGUUUGAAACUCAGUUCUGACAGCACAGGCUUUAAAAUCAAUCCUCAGACUGGCCUGAUAACUACCGACAAACUAAUAGAUUUUCAGGAACAGUCCCACUUUGAACUUGAAGUCACAGCCAGCUACAGUCAAGUCUCUGUCAUGGUCAGGGUUGAUGUUAUUGACUGCAACAACCAUGCUCCAAGCUUCACCCAGCGUUCGUAUCAUAGCAGCUUUGAUGAAAAUCUGCCUUUGGGCACUAGUAUCCUGUCAGUGAAGGCUACAGAUAGUGAUUCUGGGGAGAAUGGUUUCAUCACAUACAGCAUAGCCAACCAGAGAGCUGUUCCAUUUGCCAUCGACCCAUUUUCAGGUGCCAUCUCUGUCUCCAAAUUAAUGGAUUAUGAGCUAAUGCAGAGAUUGUACCAUCUGCGUGUCUGGGCAUCAGAUUCGGGAUCUCCUUUCCGCCAUCAGACAGAGGUUUAUGUUUCCCUCAGAAUGAAUAACAUGAACGAUAAUGCACCAGCAUUUGAGAAGAUUAACUGCAAUGUAAGGGUACCAUGGGACUUUCCUGUUGGGCACUCUGUGAUCACAGUGUCAGCCAUUGAUAAUGAUGAGCUACAGCCCAUCAAGUAUGAAAUUAUGUCUGGCAAUGAGAAACAGCUUUUUGAAUUAGAUCCCAUCUCUGGGGUGAUUUCUCUUAGAGCAUCUCUAAGAGAUCUUUAUGCUGCACUACCAACCUUCUACACUCUAAAAAUUACUGCUACAGAUGGAGAAAACUAUGCUUUCCCAACAUAUGUAAAUAUCACAGUAGUCUACCAUGACACCCAAGUCGACUUUCAGUGUGAAGAUACUGGGGUGCUCAAAGAACUGACUAAGACCAUGAUCCAUGCUAUUGAAUCCCAGUCUCCAGAGCAAAAACCUGAUGAAGAUUCCUCCUUGAAUGCACAUCUUAUAAAUCAUUAUGCGCCACAGUUUGAUGAUACCUUUCCAAGGUCUAUUGAUGUAGUGGAGACAAUCUCAGUAAACUCAACCAUUGCUCAGCUGAGAGCCAUAGACAGUGACACUGGCUUUCAUGGAAAGAUGGUCUAUGUCAUAUCUUCUGGAAAUGAGGAUAGCUGCUUUCAUAUUGACAUGGAGACGGGUCUCCUUCAGGUGUCCUCUCCUUUAGACCACGAAAGAACAAGUUUCUACGUACUUAACAUUACAGUAUAUGACCUUGGCACUCCUCAGAAGUCAUCAUGGAAGUUGCUAGCAGUAAAUGUUCUGGAUACAAAUGAUAAUGCUCCUAAAUUUUUGCAACACACAUACUUAGUUACUAUACCUGAGGAUGUAAAAACAGGUACAAUCAUCACCGUGGUGAAAGCUGAUGAUGCUGAUACAAAUGACAAUGGAAGAGUGAAAUAUUCCUUUCUAUCACCCACUGAUAAAUUUGGCAUCAAUAGUAUCACUGGAGAAGUAACAGUGACUGCUCCCCUUGACAGAGAAUUGUGGCCUCAAUAUGUAUUCAAAAUUGAGGCCAGAGACCAUCCACAAACAGGUCACCAGCUCUUGUCAAUUGCUGAUCUAGUUAUUUCUUUGGAAGAUGUAAAUGACAAUUCUCCAUGCUGCAUCCCAGUCUUGAAUAAGGCCAAAGUUCCCGAGGACCUGCCCCUUGGGACCACUUUGCUGUUCCUGGAAGCCUUUGAUCCAGAUAUCACAUCCAGGGGAGAAUUGAAAUAUAGUCUGUUCAGAGAUGAUGAGGAGAUGUUCCAUCUGGAUGAAUUUACAGGGGCUCUGUUCUUGGAAAAAGAGCUAGACUAUGAGAAGAGAGACUCUUACAAUCUAUCUGUGAAAAUCAGUGAUGCUGGGAAGCCCCUUUCUCUUUCUUCUGUCUGCCACAUUGAGAUCGAUGUUUUGGAUGUCAAUGAAAAUUUGCACCCUCCUUGCUUUGAUUCUUUUGUUUAUGAAGGGUCAGUGAAAGAAAACAGCCAAGAGGGGACAUCUGUGAUGAGUGUGAUAGCUGAAGAUGGUGAUAAAGGGAAAGAUGGACAAAUCCAGUAUUUCAUCAGAGAGGGAACAGGCCUGGCUCUCUUCAGUAUUGAAAAGGACACAGGUACAAUCUUUACCAUUGGACCACUAGACAGAGAAUCUCACAGUCAUUAUUGGUUGACAGUGUUAGCUGUUGAUCUAGGAUCAGUCCCUCUGUCUUCUGUGGUUGAAAUUUACAUUGAAGUAACUGACGUAAAUGACAAUCCACCCCUGAUGUCCAGACCUGCUUUUUAUUCCUCUGUCAUGGAAAAUUCACCAGCCAAUACCUCCAUCCUUCAAGUUGAAGCCACUGACCCAGAUUCUGGUUCCCAAGGGAAGCUGACUUUCCACAUCAUAAAUGGAAACCAUAAUGGAUUGUUUGCCAUUAAUCCUAUCACAGGUCUCAUUUACACCACAUCUCAGCAGCUAGAUCGCGAAUACAAGGCUGAACAUAUCUUAGAGAUCUCUGUUUCAGACAAUGGGAAUCCAACUCUGAAAUCCACCAGCAGAGUUGUAAUCACAGUCAUGGAUGUCAAUGAUAAUCCUCCUACCUUCUCCCAGAAGUUCUUCAUAGUUGAUCUCCCAGAGAAAGCAGGAUCUGAGACUCCUUUGCCAGUUUACAGGAUGAUUGCUGCAGAUCGUGAUGAGGGGCUCAACUGCCAAGUCACUUACACCCUCGAAGAAAACAAUGAAGGAGUCUUCAGCAUCCACCCAGUGACAGGCAUGGUAUUCUCCAAAAAGUCUUUCCCUGCCCAAGAGUACAAUAUAUUAACGGUCAAGGCAACUGAUGGUGGCAGCCCCCCACUUUCCUCCAGCGUGAGGCUGCACAUCAACUGGAUCCCUAAGCCCCUCCCUUCCUCAGAACCUCUGACUUUCGAUGAACCUCAUUUCAACUUUGCUGUCAUGGAAACAGACCCAGUGAACCACAUGGUGGGAGUGAUCAGCGUGGAGAAUGGGCUCAGCCAGCUCUGGUUUAAUAUCACAGGUGGUGAUGAUGAAAUGGAUUUUGACAUUGAGAAGAGCACUGGCAGCAUUGUUAUUGCAAAAACCCUGGAUGCAAAGAAAAGAUCAAACUACAACCUCACAGUAGAGGUCACUGGUGGAUCGAGCAUCAUUUGGACACAGGCCUAUAUCCGUGUGAUUGACAUUAACCAGCAUUGCCCCCAGUUCUUGGAGUACCAGUAUGAGGCACGCAUUCCAGAAGACACGCCUCCUGGGACAGAAAUCGCCUGGGUCAGUGCAACAGACGAGGAUGGCGGGAAAGGGCUGAUCUACACCCUUCAGAGCAGCGUGGAUCCCAGAAGCAUGAAGCUCUUUCAGAUGGACCCAAGCAGUGGCACACUCAUGACUAUGGCAGGGCUUGAUUCUCAAUCCAUGUCGCUGCACACCUUGACAGUCAUGGUGCGAGACCAGGAAGUCCCAAUCAAGCGAGACUUUGCUAGAGUUGUCAUCCACAUAGAGGAUUGCAACAGCCAUCCGCCCCAGUUCACCAGCCUCCAUUAUAAAGCAGACGUUCCUGACGCAGUCCCAAUAGGCACGGAGGUUGUGCAAGUCCGGGCCCUGGAUCAAGACCAAGGAGUUAAUGCUGAAAUCCACUACUGCCUUGAGGCAGGGAACAAUGGGGACUUCUUCACUAUCGACAAGUUCUCUGGAAUUAUUACAGUUUCUCAGAAGCUGGAUCGGUCCAAGCAAGAGAGAUUUGUUCUCACUGUAAAAGCAGAAGAUCAAGGGUUUCCACAGUUGAAGGACUCAGUGACUGUGAACAUUUUUAUGAAGCCCUCUGAUGGCACACCUCCACAAUUUUCAGAGAAGGAAUAUAUUAUAGAGAUCAGUGAAUCUGCUGUCGUCGGCUCACCAGUUGUCCUCGUUUCAGCCACAAGCCUUACAUCUGUUACAUAUGAAGUAAAAGAAGGACAUAAGGAUGGUUUAUUUUCAAUCAAUUAUCAAUCUGGCCUUAUUUCUACACAAAGGAACCUGGAUUUUGAGCAGGCUUCAUCUUAUCAGCUGAAAGUCCGUGCCACCAACAUGGCAGGAGCAUUUACAGAUGUUCCAGUGUUUGUUUUUGUCAUAGAUGAGAAUGACAAUGUGCCUAUCUUUGAUAAGCCUUUCUUUGUCGGCUGGAUCAAUGAGAAUGUUCCAUUGGGUAGUAUGGUUAUGGAUAAGAGCAAUGCCCCACUCGUGAUUCAUGCAUCGGAUGCUGAUGGAGAUUCUAAUGCCUUGCUGGUCUAUGAAAUUUUGCAGCCAGAGGCACUAGAUUUUUUCAAAAUAGAUCCAAGCAUGGGCACUCUUACUACUAGUGCUAAUAUUGAUUACGAGCUUAUCCCAGUUUUCCACUUCAGUGUUCAUGUGCGUGACAGUGGGAACCCUGCUUUAUUUGCUUCCAAACCCACUGAAGUCACCAUUUAUAUCAGAGAUAUAAAUGAUUGCCCUCCAGUAUUUACAAAAAAUAAUUAUGAACUUUCUGCAGGGCUUCCUGCCCAUCAAGGUAUGGAGAUUUAUACAGUACAUGCAGAUGAUGUGGACUCGGAGAUAACCUACAAUAUAGUCAAAGGGAAUCCUGACCAUGCUUUCUACAUCCACCCAGCAACUGGCCUUGUCUCUGUGCUGAAUGCUACCAUCUUGGGACGCUAUCAUGAACUCACAGUUCAAGCCGGGGAUGGUUUAUAUAUGACUAGUGCUUUAGUUAGGAUAAAUUUUACUGAACCACAAGACAGCACCUUAAAAUUUGAUCAAGAUUUAUAUAUAGCAAUAGUGAAGGAAAACACCACAGAUAUUCAAACUCUGGUUUCUCUUAGUGUCACUGGAAAUCAGCUGAAUGAACCACUCUUUUACUCCAUCAUAAAUGGCACAGAGAGGUUCAAGAUGAUCCAGUCUUCAGGAGUGCUACAAACUAAGGGUGUGGAAUUUGAUCGUGAAACUCAAGAUUUAUAUGAGGUUGCAGUGGAAGUAAAAGACAUUGGAAAUCCGCCAAGGGUGUCUCAAGCAAUUGUCAAAAUACAUGUGGAUGAUGUUAAUGACAAUGCACCCCAUUUUGAAAAUUUGCCUUAUUAUAUAGCCAUGCAAGAUGGCACUGAGCCAGGCGAUGUCAUCUUUCAGGUUUCUGCAGCUGACCAGGACCUAGGGAAUAAUGGAGUCAUUUUUUAUUCCUUUGUAGAAGACUACAAAUAUUUCUGGAUUGACCCUUACUUAGGGGACAUCUCACUCAAGAAACCCCUUGAUUAUCAAACUUUAAAUAAAUACACACUACGAGUUAUUGCCAGAGAUGCUGGUGAGCCUCCAUUGUAUGCUGAAGAAGAGGUUCUAAUCAUGGUGAGGGAAAAAUCCAAUCCUCUCUUCCAAAGCCUCUUCUAUACUGUGAAAGUACCUGAAAACAUUCCGCUUUACACACCUGUUCUCCACAUCCAGGCUCGGAGCCCUGAAGGCUUGCGCUUAAUUUACAACAUUGUGGAAGAAGGAGCCCUUAAACAUUUCAACAUUGACUUCAAGACUGGUGUGCUUAUGGUCACUAGCCAACUGGACUAUGAAUCUGACACAAAACAUGCUUUUACUGUCAGAGCUACAGACACAGCAGUGGGUGCCUUUUCAGAAGCCAUGGUAGAAGUAGAGGUUGAGGAUAUUAAUGACAAUUCACCUGUAUUUUCUCAGGUGGUUUAUACUGGAUCUGUCUCUGAAGGCAUGCCAGCUCAGACCCCCAUUGCACAGCUCUUUGCAACUGACAGAGAUUCAGUGCGGAACAAAGUGAUUUCAUAUAAGAUCUUGGAGGAUCGUUCAGACACAUCAACAUUCUUUAAUGUUGAUGCCAGCACAGGUGGAAUAACAACAGCUCAGGUUCUAGAUUAUGAAGCCAACCAUGAAUUUCAUAUUAGAGUGAGAGCCACAGAUCAUGGAAUGCCUCCUCUCAGCAGUGAAGCUCUUGUGGUGGUCAGCAUAUUGGACAUCAAUGACAACCCACCCAAGUUCAGUCAGCUUCACUAUGAGGCUAAUGUGAGUGAAAUGGUCCCUUGUGGCCACAUUGUAAUAAAGGUCCAAGCUUUUGACCCUGAUAGCAGGGACAACCCUAGACUGGAAUACCUGAUACUUUCAGGGAAUGAGAAAAGACAUUUCACCAUUGAUAGCACUUCUGGAAUCAUUUCCACACUAAAUCGUUGCAAAAAGGAACUGGAAUCUUCUUACAAUCUCAGGGUCUCUGCAUCAGAUGGAGUGUUUAAGACUACAGUGCCAGUAUACAUCAAUACUACAAAGGUAAAUAAAUACAGCCCAUCAUUUCAGCAGGAUGUGUAUGAAGCAGUAUUAGCUGAAAAUGCAAAGGUUGGAACCAAAGUGAUUGAAUUGUUAGCUAUUGACCCAGAUGAUGGUCCGUAUGGCACUGUAGAUUAUACCAUCAUUAACAAGCUUGGUCAAGAGAAAUUUGCAAUAGAUGACAAAGGGCACAUUGAAACGCUACAGAAGUUAGACAGAGAAAAUUCCACGGAGAGGGUUGUUGCUAUUAAAAUCAUGGCCAAAGAUGGGGGAGGAAAGGUAGCAUUCUGUACUGUCAAAAUCAUACUCACAGAUGAAAAUGACAACCCACCACAGUUCAAAGCUUCUGAAUUCAUCUUAUCUAUCCAGUCCAAUGUGAGCAAAGGGUCACCAGUCAUUCAAUUACUAGCUUAUGAUGCUGAUGAAGGAGUGAAUGCUGAUGUCAUCUACUCUGUUGAUUCAGUGGAGGAGGUUGUUGCAGAGGAUGUGAUUGAGAUUAACACCGCCACUGGAGUUGUUAAGGUCAAAGAGAGUCUCUUUGGGCUAGAAAAUAGAACAGUAAACUUUAAAGUCAAAGCUGAAGAUGCCAGGCCCCCCCACUGGAAUUCUGUUGUUCCAGUGAAUCUUCAAGUCGUUCCGAAGGAGGUGUCUUUGCCAAGGUUUUCUGAGCCACAGUACACCUUCUCAGCAUCUGAAGACCUCCCAGAGGGAUCAGAAAUAGGAUCAGUUAGAGCUGCGGCAGAGGACCCCAUCGUCUACAGUCUGGUGAAAGGAACCACUGCUGAGAGCAACAAAGAGGGGAUAUUUGCUUUGGAUAAACAAACAGGUGCCUUGACUAUCCAGAAGGCAAUGGAUCAUGAGAAGAUGAAAUGGUACCAAGUUGAUGUUUUGGCUCACUGCUCACACGAAGAUACUGACUUGGUCUCUUUGGUGUCCAUAAACAUCCAUGUAAAAGAUGUCAAUGACAACAAGCCUAUUUUUGAGGCUGAUCCCUACAGGGCCUUUGUAAUGGAGAACAUGCCACCAGGAACCACUGUGAUUCAGGUCACUGCCAACGAUCAGGAUUCUGGAACUGAUGGGCAAGUGAGCUAUAGCUUAGGAUCAGAACCAAGCAACAUCAGAGAGCUCUUCACUAUUGACAGUGAAAGUGGCUGGAUCAUGACUCUUAAAGAGCUAGACUGUGAGGUUCAAGAAACCUACCAGUUUUUUGUUGUGGCAUCAGAUCAUGGCAGGAAAGUCCAGCUUUCUUCUCAAGCCUUAGUGGUGGUCACCAUAACUGAUGAAAAUGACAAUGCUCCAUACUUCACCUCUCAACUCUACAAAGGGUCAGUGGUUGAAAAUACUGAUCCUGGUCAAAUGAUUGCCACUCUUAGAACUAUAGACAGUGAUAUUUCAGAGCAAAACAGACAAGUCACAUGUUACAUCACUGAAGGGGAUGUUCUGGGACAGUUCAGUGUUGCUGAGGUUGAUGGAGAAUGGAGGAUUUUUUCCAAGAAGCUUCUGAACAGGGAAGAAAGAGAGAAAUAUCUGCUCAGAGUCCUGGUAUCUGAUGGAAAGUUCCAAGCAGCAACAGAAGUGGAGAUUUCAGUCCUUGAUGUUAAUGAUAACAGCCCUGAAUGCAAGCAGACACCAUACAAAGGGAAAGUUUCCGAAGAUGCACCUCCAGGGUUUUCUAUUUUGAAAGUGUCAGCCACAGAUGCUGAUGUUGGCAGCAGUGCCCAGAUUACUUAUAGUCUCCAUGGAUCUGGUGCUGAGGAGUUCAGAAUGGACCCCCAUACAGGGGAACUGACCACUUCCUCAUUACUUGACCGGGAGCUGAAGCCAAAGUACCAGCUUGUUGUCAAGGCAACAGAUGGAGGAGGACGUUUUUGCCAGAUGGUCAUCACUGUGGACCUAGAGGAUACGAAUGACAAUGCUCCAAGGUUCUUUCCCAGUCAUUGUGCAGUAGCUGUCUUUGAUAACAUCACAGUGAAGACACCUGUUGCUGUUGUCUCUGCAAAGGACUCUGAUGAAGGUCUUAAUGCGGAAGUUGUCUAUUCCCUAGCUGAGUCAGCUAAUGGCCACUUUUCAAUAGAAGAGACAACUGGUGUGAUACGCCUGGAGAAGCCUCUAAAGGAAUCACAGGUGACUGCACUGGAGCUCAUUGUGUGUGCCACGGACAAGGGUUUUCCACGCCCCCUCUCUUCCCUUGCCACUAUAACCGUCUCGAUAGUGGAUCUGAAGGAAUAUCUGCCCAUCUUCCUGGAUACAGAAUAUGUGGUUGUGGUACAGGAAGAUGUGGCUCUUGGCACAGAGAUUCUGAAUAUAUCCUCAUUAACAAGGGACAGUGCACAGGGCACAGAGAUCAAGUAUGAAAUUAUGAAUGGAAAUGAUCAUGGGAAAUUCAGGCUUCAUUCAAACACUGGCAUCCUCUAUGUUAAUGGAAGUCUGGAUUUUGAGGUUAGCCAUGAAUAUUACUUGUCUGUUGAGGGAAUAAGAAAGGGCUCUGCUUCUCUCAGUGAUAUCACCAUGAUUGUCAUCAACAUCACAGACAUAAAUGAUCAUGUGCCAAAGUUCAGCCAAGACCUUUACAUUGUUGACAUCCGCGAGGAUGCUGCUGUUGGUGAAAUGGUGCUCACGGUUUUAGCUGAUGACAAAGAUGGGGUGAUGAACAACCAGAUCACAUACUCAAUUGUGAUAGGGAAUCCACUGGGCCAUUUCAUCAUUGAUCCCAAAGGUGGACAAAUCUGUAUUGCUAAGCACUUGGACAGAGAAGAGAUAUCCAGCUACUCUUUGAAAGUUCGAGCCACUGACAAUGGACAGGCGGCCUUUUUCAAUGACACCACUGUGCUUAUUCGGGUGUCUGAUGUCAACGAUAACCCUCCCAGGUUCUUUCAGCUCAAUUAUAGUGUGACUGUUCAGGAGAACUCUCCAGUUGGCAGCAGUGUCUUGGAACUGAUCGUGAGUGACAGGGACUCACUAGAGAAUGGGCCACCAUAUUCUUUCCAGAUCACUGAGGGAAACGAAGGAAAGGCAUUCCAGAUCAACCAGGGUGGAGUGUUGGUGACAUCAUCUGUCCUGAACAGAAGAGCAAAACAACAAUAUCUUCUACAAGUUCAGGUCACAGACAGUGGUAUCCCUCCACUCUCUUCGUCUGCAUUUGUAAAUGUCCAGGUGACGCAACAAAGCAGAUACCCACCUUCGGCACUCCCUCUAGAGAUUUUCAUCACUACUAAUGAAAGAGCCUUCCGCGGUGGGGUUCUUGGCAAAAUUCAUGCCACAGAUCGAGACCCCCAUGACACCCUACUGUACACCUUGGAGUCAGAAGCACCAGAAAAGAGACAUUUCUCAGUGGGGGCUACAGAUGGGAAGAUAGUUGCAGACGAAAGUCUCCCACACGGUCACUACGCUCUGAAUGUAACUGUCAGUGAUGGUACCUUUGCGUCCACAACCAGUAUCCACAUCCACGUGUGGUCCUUCAGCCAGGAAGCUUUGGAUAAGGCAGUGGUGCUGCACUUCCGCCACCUCACCCCUGAGGAGUUUAUAGGCGAUCACUGGCGUAACCUGCAAAGGUUUCUGGGAAGCAUCCUAGAAACCAGGCGGCAGAAUAUCCACAUGGCUAGUUUGCAGCCGUCAGGGGCUACAAAUGGUGUGGAUCUCCUACUGGCAAUUGGAGAACCUCACAAUUCCUUCUAUAAGCCCAGUUUCCUUGCUAGCCGUAUUUCUCAGUCAGCUGAAGAGAUAGACCAGCGGGUUGGACUGCAGGUGAAGAAGGUGACGCAUGUCCCAUGCCAUGAGACAGACUGUGCCACCCAGCGCAGCUGCCAGGAGACCAUUCAGCUUGACCCAGGCAUGGUGUUCACUUACAGUACAGCCCGACUCAGUGUUCUCACUCCUCGGCACAGCUUGGAACAAAUAUGUUCUUGUAACGGCACAGCGUUGAAGUUCAGUGGACACAGCUACAUGUGGCACCACCACCAAGGCAAAAGGGACUGGCAGAUGCAGUUCCACAUGCAAACCCAUCAGCUCCAUGCCAUCUUGCUCACUACCAAUGGAACCAAUAGUGCAGUUUUGCAGCUUGUGAACGGAAUGCCUCACCUUGGGUACAGAUGUCGGAGUGGCUUCAGCAGGAACCUUUCCUCUAGCCGUUUUGUGAGUGACAGAGCAUGGCACUCAGUCUUCCUGGAAGUGAAAGGCAAUUCCAUUCAUUUGCUUGUGGACGGCUUGGGAAAUGCCUCUCUGCAACUGCCUGAGGCCUGCAGCCCUUCCCAUUCCAGGAGAGAUCUGCUCAUUGGAGGAUUUGUGCAGUAUCAUCAAGCUCAGAGGGUCACUGAUGGGUUUAGAGGUUGCCUGGAUGCCAUUGCUGUUGAUGGAAGAGACCUGGUGGUCUUGCCAAAGGAAAAGAGGUCCAGGGGUGUCGUAGAAGAGGCAGGUGUUCGGCAAUGUUGCCCCAACACCGGUGCCUGUAUCAGCAACCCCUGCCUCAAUGAUGGACUGUGUAUUGAGAUGCAAGGUGGAGGUUAUUCUUGCAUGUGCCCUGUACAGUUUUCUGGAGACCACUGUGAAGCUGCUGAUAGCCUUUGUGAAGGCAAUCUCUGUUUACAUGGAGGGACUUGUGCCCUCUCUGAGAAAGGUGGCUACACCUGCCAUUGCCCAGAGCGAUACUGGGGAGAAAGAUGUGAAAAAGCUGCCGAGAAAUGCCUGGAAAAUCCAUGUCUGAACUCUGGGCGCUGUGUGAAUUCUGAUGGUUCUGUUCACUGCAUCUGCACGGGUGACUUCGAUGGGGCAUUCUGCACACAAAGAAUUGUGACUCCAACUAUUAGUCCAUCCAGCUGGAUCUUGGGGCCUGGAGAGAUUGCUGAGAUUUCUGCUGGGGUGUUAGGUGUGAUAAUCCUGGUGGCCGCAUUGAUAGUCAUCCACAAAGUCUACUGCCACAAAGCCAAGACUCACAAACCUGUGGCCAAAGAAGACCCAGACCUGCUCUCCAAAAGUGAAUUCUCCAAAAGUGUUGGUGUUGGCACUCACGGUCUUCCCCCCAUUGAACUAAACAUCCUCAGCGAUGGUCACCACAACCAUCUCGAUGCACUUGACCCAGGCAAACCUACAGUCACACCAGAGUUUGCAACCUUCAACGCAAACAACGUCCAGAAACAACGGGGUGCCAUUGUGUGCAGCGUGGCCCCCAAUCUCCCAAUUGCUGCACCCUCAUCUAAUUCUGACAGUGAGUCUGUCAUGAAGAACACCUGGGCUGCAGAAAAGAUGGUGUACCCAGGGGAAACAGUCUACUGGCCACCAAGACACCAGCCUGCAGAUCUCCAAGAGUAUCAUCAGUAUGAAGUUAUUCAAGGCCCUCUUCCACCUUCUCCAUGCCGUCGGCCUCCUCCUCCUUCCGUAGACUCAGAUCCAGCUGGCCUUUACGGUGGCUUCCCUUUCCCACUUGACCAAAGCAACAAGCGGGCCCCAAUCCCACCUCGCUACAGCAACCAGAAUCUGGAAGACUUCUUACUCCCUGGAUCUGGAGAGCUACCUGCUUCCCAGUGCCAGAAUGAAUAUACAGCCAUCAGCUAUUACCCUUCUCAGCUGGUAGAAAAUGAGGGCCCACCUUAUCCUCCAGACAGUGGAUACAAGAGGGUAAGCAUGCGACUCAGUGUGGCCCAGCCCUCCUAUGCAGACUGCGAGGUGAGGCCUGCGCCCACUAUUAGAACUCAGCCAGUACCGCCUCCCAAUUACGAGGGCUCCGACAUGGUGGAGAGUGACUAUGGGAGCUGUGAAGAGGUGAUGUUUUAGUGGGACUUGUGUUUGAAAUUAAAAGGAAUAUUUGACAUCUACUUUCAUCUGCAUAAUGUGCUUGAAGGAGAGGCAACUUUCUUUUCAGUGUCUGUUUCUUGGAAUGUGCAACUUCCUGUCGUAUUCUUGACAGCCUCAUCUCUAGACAUAAUUAUACUGAAAACUAGCAUUGGUUCUUCUGCCCGCAGUCCCAGUCAACAAUCACAUCAGCUUUGGGUUGGAUUCCAAAUGGACCUUAUUUGAGUUGGAUUGUAGCUGGAGAGCAACAGAAAGUGUUUUUUUUUUUAAUGAAAUAAUUCUUCUUGAGUGUUGAUAGCAACAUCUUCUUAGCACUAGUGAUUUCUUUAGAAGCGGACAGAGAACUUCAUCACCGCCUUCCAACCCUUGCAUGGACGCACUCCCUAACACAUCCCACACAGAAUGAGCUAGAAUUCAUUGUAACCAAAGAACAGUAGGCCCUUGUGGUUGUCAGUUGCCAAAGCUGCAGAAAUCAGGACUGAACUGAUUGCUUACUGUGACAUAGAGGGAACUUCUUACUGAAGCGUUUUUAUUGAAGUGCUGCCUUUGGAUCUAGCAUCAAAGGUUUCCAUUAGAUUAAAAGCUCCCCAAAGAGAACCGGGGGAGGUGGGGUUGAAGAUAGACUGCCGUGCAGUUCUAUGUCUCCUUGUUCCUUUCAUAGAAAGGGAUGUUCUACCAUCACAUUCAUUCAUUCUUUGGUCCAUCACCCUCAAGCCCUUAGAAUGAAAAGGACCUACAGGAAGAAAAAAGAAAGAGAACAGUUGUAUUUCUAUAGGAGAAAGAGGUGCUGCACAGAAAGUGCCAUCUCCUUUUCUCAGGCUACAAAUGGUUACUGGUCACUGUCACUAGAUGUCAACUGGCAGUAAUGAACAUGAAAGGUAGACUACAGAAGGACAGACAAGGAACAUAUCCUAUUUGUACCACAAACAUUGUUACCUGUAUGUGACAUCCUCCACAAGGUCUCCAUAUUAACCAGAUCAAGGAACACAUGGAUGGUGGUUAUCACAGUAUCUUUCUACCAUUCCCAUAAUUAACCAGAGCCUGUUUUACCAAGUACCUCCAUACUGCUGCCCUAGGAAAUAAUGAGAAAAUAAGAGUAUGUUGACUCCACCUUUAGUGAUAUGUACACAUCUGUGCAAGGUUGUGUGUGAGAGAAUGUGUGUGAAAAAGUGUACUGAUGGACAAACAUGGGGAAAAAGAGCCAAAAUGGAGUGUGGACUGAAUUAUUUAAUACAAGGCUGGCCUGUACCUUUAAUGCACUGUACGUUUUUAGUUAUAUGAAUUAUUUCUCUGUGAGAGUUUAUUAUGGACUUUGUUUAUCAAAAGCAAUAAAAGAUACCUUUAAAAAUG